GCAGUGCGGAGGAAGCAUGGAGGUGUUACCCUGCUCUCGUGUGGCCCAUAUUGAACGCACAAAGAAACCCUACAACAACGACAUUGAUUACUAUGCAAAGCGCAACGCCCUGCGGGCCGCUGAGGUCUGGAUGGAUGACUUCAAGUCGCAUGUUUACAUGGCGUGGAACAUCCCCAUGGCAAACCCUGGAGUUGACUUUGGAGACGUUUCUGAAAGAAUAGCUCUACGACAGCGACUGCAGUGCCGGAGUUUUAAGUGGUACUUGGAGAAUGUCUAUCCUGAAAUGAGGGUUUAUAAUAACACAGUCACUUAUGGAGAGGUACGUAAUAGCAAAGCUAGCGGCUACUGCUUAGAUCAGGGAGCCGAAGAAGAUGACAAAGCAAUCCUUUAUCCAUGCCAUGGAAUGUCAUCUCAGCUCGUCCGCUACAGCUCGGAAGGUGUCCUGCAGCUGGGGCCGCUGGGCUCCACAGCCUUUCUGCCUGACUCCAAAUGCCUUGUUGACGACGGGAAGGGCAGGACACCAACUCUGAAGAAGUGUGAAGAUGUCCUGAGACCAGCACAGAGGUUCUGGGAUUUCACACAGAAUGGCCCAAUCAUCAGCAGAGACACUGGCCGUUGUCUAGAAGUGGAAAUGUCAAAAGAUGCAAAUUUUGGGCUCAGAUUAGUCGUACAGAGGUGCUCGGGGCAAAAAUGGAUGAUUAGAAACUGGAUAAAACAUGGCCGGCAUUGACUGCUGGGGCUGAGAAGCUGCCCCUCCUGCUCAGUGUGCCAUAUCUUGCAAGGCAUUUGUCUUAAAGCAAAUUAGUUUGAACAGGACUUGACUCUCAAGAGUCCUCCAUAGUUGGGCAUUCAAAGGAAAAAA